UGGAAAAGCAACCCGUUCUUGUCGUGAUUGGAUUGGAGAGAGCCCGCGGUGAGGGUGAUUGCGCGCUGGAUCGGAGAUGGGUUUGUCGAGAAGUUGGGUGAUGGCGUCGGAAGUCGGUGGACUGGAUUCCUUUGCCUAUCUGUCCGUAGCUCCAGGUUUCCGUAGAGCGGGCGUAGAAAUUGGGGGUGGGAGGUUUGCAGGGUCUGGGUGGUUGUGUGGUUCGGAUUGUGGAGAUUCGGGGGGGAUUGUCUGAUCCCUAACCAAUUUUGAGGUGGUACGAGUGACGUUGAGCGCACAGAUGGGGAUAGCUGUUAGGUUAAGCGGUAGAAGUGGAGCGAAAGGUGCACUGCCGGAUUGCGGUGCGGAUCUGGCACGAUUCGUCGUUUUGCUCGAUUGUGUGCGGGACGCGCCGUUAUGGCAAUAGCGUGGUGAGGCUUAGGUCGCGGAUCUGUGCACGGUGGGUUGGGAAGCGGAGAUUGUGCGAUGGUCGAUACAGGCACGGCUCUGUUUCAGGUGGAGUGUCGGCGGUGGGCAGGAGAGUGGUGGAGUCCCGGUUUGGCACUCUCAAUUGACGGGCCACGAGGAAUGCAAUGUUGGUGAGGUCGUAGCGGGGGUAGAGUUCGGUGGUGGCGGCGACCGGGCCGGUGGUUGUCGGCGCUUGGUACUUCCACUGGCCGAGCUGGUGGAGCUGCGGAGGCACGCUUGACAUGGUGAGGGACGGCGUGUGGAGGUGCAAGGGUCAGUGGGAGACCUAAGCGCCCAGCCGAUCCACGGGUGUGACGGAUUUGUCUGGGCUGGGGUGCGCGAGGGUGGGUUGUUGGCAUUGGUUCGGCGAGACGGGCGUGGGCGGCGUUGGAAGGGGAGAGAACGGAGCGCAGGUGGAUCGCGAGUGUGAGUGAUGGCGGAGAGGAACGGCAGCCCUCUGCUGGGGCGGCAGAGAAGCGUGGGCAUGCCUCCUCCGCGAUCCGGGCAGGGGGCGGGGUCGGGGUCGGGUUCGAUCAACUCCGUGAAGAAGAGCCAGAAUUACGCGGCCAAGGCCGCGGCAGCGCGGCUGGCGCAGGUGAUGCAGGCGAAUCGCGAUUCCAUAGACGACGAGGAGGAGGACAUGGACAUUCCCCGUUACAGUCCUUACAUCCCGAGCGCGAGGGAUUCUUCGAGGGAUCAGUCUCCUCACUUGGCUCCCAGGGGGCGGUAUGACAGCAGUCCUGCGACUCUGGGGAGCACGUUGCGGCCGUCUGCGAACCCCCGGGGUGCGCUGCGGCCGACGACUCUGGUCGCUGCACAGCAGGCUGCAGUGCAGCGACCGCGGCCGGUGCUGCCCCCGGCUGCGGCGAGGUCGACGUCUCCGACGCCCGAGCCGCUGGUGGAUCGCGCGCGGAGGUUCUCGUCCGAUUCGCUGCCUUCGUCGUCUGGGAGCGGGCGCGAUUCGUCGGGACCGAAUUCGAGGAGAGAAACGGCCGCUCUGCGCGACGAGAUUGACAUGCUGCAGGAGGAGAACGAGACGCUGCAGGACAAGCUGCGGAUGGUGGAGGAGAGGUUGGCGGAGAGGGAGCUGCGGUCGCGGGAGCUGGAGAAGCAGGUGACCGCGCUGGGAGAGGGGAUCUCGCUGGACUCGCGCAUUCUGAACAGGAAGGAGCAGUUUCUGAAGCAGCGCGAGGCCGCCCUGAAGGCCGCGAAGGAGCAGAGCAAGGAUGUGAAGGACGAUGAGAUCGCGGCGCUGCGGGAAGAGGCGGAGAUGGCGAGGGAGGAGGCGGUGGCGGCAUCGGAAGCGGCUCGGGAGGUGGAAAUCGAAGUGAAGGCGCUGCGGACGAUGACGCAUCGGAUGAUUUUGACGCAGGAGGAGAUGGAGGAGGUGGUGCUGAAGCGAUGCUGGCUGGCGCGGUACUGGGAUUUGGCGGCGAAGCAGGGGAUACACCCAGAGAUCGCGUCGGGGAAGUCGGACUUCUGGUCGUCGCUGGCGCCGCUGCCGCUGGAGGUGGUGCUGUCGGCGGGGCAGCGCGCGAAGGAGGAGCCGAGAGGCGGGAGCCGACAGAGCGCGGCAGCGAAUGCGACGAAGGGGAGGACGCGGGACGUGAACGACAUCACCGGGGAGGGCAACAUCGAGAGCAUGCUGGCGGUGGAGAAAGGGCUGAGGGAGCUGGCGGCUCUGAAGGUGGAGGACGCGGUGAUGCUGGCGCUGGCCCGUCACCGGCAGAAGGCGGACGCGCGGCAGUCGAUGGACGGGCUGAAGGGGCCGGACGCAUUCGAGCUGAGCCCGGCGGAGGUGGAGGAGGUGCAGUUCAAGCAGGCGUGGUUGGUGUACUUCUGGAGGCGCGCGAAGACGAACGGCGUGGAGGCGGACUACGCGGACGAGUGCAUACAGCUGUGGAUCAGCCGGGCGAUGAUGCAGCCGACGGUGCGCGACCUGGUGGACGUGGAGCGCGGCUUGAUGGAGCUUCAGAAGCUGGGGGUAGAGGAGCAGCUGUGGAACGUAUCGCGGAGGGAGAUAGCGAACGAGGCCGCGAACCAGAAGGUGGAUGUGCUGGAGGCGCUGCAAGCGCCGAGCAGCUUGCAGAGGGUGACGAGCGCGCCCACUCUGCAGUAGGGGGGGGGGGGGGGGCAACGUGGAAUUUUUUAGGCCCACGUUGGCGCGAUAGUUUAGGACGGGGGCACACACGGAAGAGGAGCCCACAGUGAGGGGAGCGGGAGAGAGCCCGGACAUGAGCGGCAGAUUGUUGAGUUGAGGGAGGUAGGGCGGCGGAACGGGGCAGAAAUUCGCAGGGCCGUUUGCAGUGGCAGUUGCGGUGGGCGGCGGUGCAGGGAGGAGGGUGGUGCGAACGGGAGCGUCGGAGUCGUGAUGAAUGCGUGAAGUGGAGCAUGAGCGUGGCGGGAUGACAAUGCCAGGGCUUUUGGGGUGGGACUGGACGCGAGUGCAGUGGAGAGGAGGAGUUUGCGGGAUGGUGGGGUUGGAGGAGGGCGGAUAGUGAGGAGCAGUGCUACUUGGAGGGGGGGGUGUUGGAAGCAAUGCAAACACGGGAGGCUUGACGGCGUGGGUGAGAUGUUUAGAUCUCGGCCUUGAAUGGUGCGGGAAAGGACAGUGGAGUGGAGGUGUGGUUUGUGGAGGUGGCGGAGGUGGAGCAGUUGGUGAUAUGGGAGGAGUUCUGGUAGGUGGCAGCACAAAGUUUGUAAAGUGAAGGGCCGGCGGUGUGAAGGUAGUUGAGUGGUGGUAAGGUUACAGCAUUGGAGCGGAGGAACCAUCGUGAGCGCUCGACAUGUUAGAAGGGGGUGUCACUUGCUGGAGGUACGCAAUUGGCGUCGGGGGUGGAGUCCCGUGAGUUCGUUGUCCAGUUAUUUCGACCCCUUGGCAGGCUGGACUCAGGACGCUGGGUAUGACGCAGUGAACGGUGGAGUGGUUUAGGGACAUUCUGAACAAUGACGUGGUGCUGCGUAGUGUAGCGUAAACGCGAAGGCAUGAUAGUGAUGGCAGCCGUUGACGCCGUGGGUGCUGUAUUUGAAAGAAUCAAUUUCAACAGGCGGAGGUUUAGCUUGGAAGUGUAGGGAACUUGUGCAAAUGCGACGACUAAUGAGCUUAGAGAUGGAUGAUGCAGGAUUUGUUUGCAGUCCUUCAUAGGGAUGUUUUUACUCUGCUUUUUUCUCUCAACGCAGUUUCUCGAGAAGUGUGGAAUGAGAUGUUGAAAAGGUAGGAAUUCUAAUUCUUACAAUUUUGGUGAUAGGUUGUUUGUACCAUGGGUUUGGCCUUUUGGGGAAUGGCUUAUUUACCCUUUCUGCUCCUCACCAGGGGCGCUUAUCGGUGUUUGUCCUGCAGUCCGCAGGAUUUGCCACAUGGAGCUGUGACUGGAAAGGCGGUUCAGUUUAAGGAUGGUGCUUUCAAUCCAGGACAUACAAUUUCAUUAAAAUUCUUUCAUUGACGUACAUGCGCUGCAAUAUUUCCGUUACAGGUUUCGCGGCAUCGUCGUUUUAAUGUCGCUAUUGUCUGCUAUCCAGCUGCUCAUGUCGUCCGUAAAGGUGGCUUCUGAUUUUAUAGGUUAAAUUAGUGUGCGUGGCAUUUGUUACUGCCAGAGUCUUGCCUUGUCACAACGGAAAUGCGAAAUACACCGGUCGCGAACACGCAUAUUUCCCCUU